AUGAAAAAGAAUUUCGUUUUACCUUACAAAUUGCUUCCGAUAGGAAGAGUAGAGUUGUUGGGUUGGAUCAACUCUCUAUUGGAGACUAAUUAUUCGAAAAUUGAGGAUUGCAGUGAUGGUAUUGCCUACUAUUUGUUAUUUAAUGCUUGUUUUCCUCAACACUUUCCGUUGACAAAAAUCAAUUUCAAUGCAAUCUAUCCUUUAGAAAAAAAAGGCAAUUUAGAUAAACUUCAAAAGCUUCUUGCGGAGCUCAAAAUACCUUAUUCAAUGGCAACAGAUAAAAUUGCAAACGGAAAAUUACAAGAUAAUAUUGAGUUUUUACAAUGGAUUUAUACUUUUAUUGCUAAAAACUUUGAGAGAGUAGCAACCGAAGGUUUAUACGAACGAAGAGAGAGGGUUGUUAUCCACUUUGGACGAAAGAAUCAUAUUGUUCCUCCCAUAGAGUUCAUCAAGAACGAGGAAAUAAGGAAAAAGUUAUUCCCAAAAUUAAGCCUUCCAAACAACUCUUUGCUUCAUUUUGAAGACAAUGAGUUUUCUCAGGCUCAAGCUGAGCUAUUACUGAACAAUUAUGAGGACAUUGAACAUUUUUCGGAACAACUUGAAAGAGAAAUAAGAGAUAAAGUUCAAAGAAAUGAAAACAAUUACAUAGUGAUCCAACAAUUAUUGGGAGAGAGAAGCAUUCUUUUCGAAAAAUUAUUGAUAGUGGAGAGUGUCUGCACCAUCAGAUCUUCAGAUAUAGAUGAAAACACAAAGGCAGCUCUUGAUUUUUUGAUACGGAUACUAAGAGCUAAAAUGUAG